UUGGUAACUUAAUGUUGUCACUGCUAAUCACCUAUAACAGAACGAAGAGAAAUGUCUUUUUUCAUUCUUUUGAAAUAGGAAUACUGCAUAAAUAAAAUAUUCUCCUGGAUUUUUUAGCAGAAUGGCUCAAGAACAGCAGCCUCACUGGUCAGACAUUUUGAAAAGGAGGCUAGCAAACUCCAAAAGAGACGACAGAAGCGACGAGGAAAAGACGGCGGAAGAAACAGAGUUGUUCUCCAAAUAUUACACUGAGUGGAAAGGAGGAGCAGACAGAGACAAGUCUUACAAGAACAUCCCUCGGUUCUACUACAAGCUGCCAGCAGAAGAUGAAGUCUUGCUGCAAAAGCUGAGAGAGGAAUCCAGAGCUGUGUUCCUCCAGAGAAAAAGCAGAGAGCUGCUGGAUAAUGAGGAGCUGCAGAACCUGUGGUUUCUGCUCGAUAAGCACCAGGUUCCUCCAGUAAGCGGUGAAGAGGCCAUGAUCAGCUAUGAAGCCUUUUUACAAGUGGGUGAGAAGGCUGGGCCAAAGUGCAACAAAUUCUUUACAGCCAGAGUGUAUGCCAAGCUCUUCCACAGUGACCCCUAUGGCAGAAUCUCCAUCAUGCAGUUCUUUAACUACGUCAUGAGGAAAGUGUGGCUCCAUCAGACCCGGAUUGGUUUGAGUCUGUAUGAUGUUGCAGGACAGGGCUACCUCAGAGAGUCAGAUUUGGAGAACUACAUCCUGGAGCUCAUCCCAACUCUGCCACAGCUAGAUGGACUUGAGAAGUCCUUCUACUCUUUUUAUGUCUGCACAGCUGUUCGCAAGUUCUUUUUCUUCCUCGACCCUCUACGGACAGGAAAGAUAAAAAUCCAGGACAUAUUGGCCUGCAGUUUUCUGGAUGAUCUACUGGAGCUGAGAGAUGAAGAGCUGUCUAAAGAGACUCAGGAGUCCAACUGGUUCUCAGCUCCCUCGGCUCUCAGAGUCUAUGGCCAAUAUCUAAACCUGGACAAGGACCACAAUGGCAUGCUGAGCAAAGAGGAACUCUCACGUUAUGGCACAGCGACACUCACCUCUGUCUUCCUGGAUAGAGUGUUUCAGGAAUGCCUCACCUAUGAUGGAGAAAUGGACUAUAAGACCUAUCUGGAUUUUGUGCUGGCAUUGGAAAACAGGAAGGAGCCAGCAGCGUUACAGUACAUUUUUAAACUUCUUGACAUGGAGAACCAAGGCUACCUCAAUGUCUUCUCACUCAACUAUUUCUUCAGGGCCAUUCAGGAACAGAUGAAAAUCCAUGGCCAGGAGCCAGUCUCCUUUCAGGAUGUCAAGGAUGAGAUCUUUGACAUGGUGAAACCUAAAGACCCCUACAAGAUCACUCUCCAGGAUUUGGUAAACAGCUGCCAGGGCGACACUGUCACCAGCAUCUUGAUAGACCUUAACGGCUUCUGGACCUAUGAGAACAGAGAAGUGCUGGUUGCCAAUGACAAUGACAGCAGUAACACAGCAGACAUGGAUGACACCUGAAGAAGAUU